CAUUUGGCAGUGUUGUAUUCAAGGUCAUCAAUAUCAAUUUCUAGAAUUUAAAAACAAAAACAAAAAUACUCUAGAAAGCUUCAAAAUAGGGUUGAUAUAAUCUGAUCAUUUACAUUUCCAUCAAGAUUAAUGAACGUAAUAAAAGGUGAGACAGCUUGAUUCACACCUCAUUAUUACUUCGAAGAGAUUCCGCAGAUGGAAAGGAAAACGAAAAAAUGGAAGAACGAUCACGAUGUUUUGAAGUUGUUGAGAGCCAGGGAAGUGUAUCCGGAAUACGCUGGUAUAGUUCAAAAACAAUGUCAUUUCACUGAGGCUUUGCUGAAAAGAUUGGGUUUAGAAUAUGAACUUAAGGGGCAUCAAGGAUGUGUUAAUUGUUUACAAUGGUCUGCAGAUGGAAGACAUUUAGCGUCUGGCUCUGAUGACACCAACAUUAUUUAUUGGGACCCAUUUCAUCAUAAGAAGUUACAAGUUAUUCCUACCCCCCACGUAGGAAAUAUAUUUUCUGUCAAAUUUUUGGACUCUAACGACUCUAUAAUAGCAACUGCUGCAGGGGAUUGUAAAGUUAUUGUACAGAAUGUGCACGAAGCUGUAUCCAAGGAGGUUCCACUUUUACAGUGUUCAUGCCAUAUUGGAAGAGUUAAAAGACUGGCAACUUGUCCAGAUCAACCAAUGUUAUUUUGGUCUGCUGGUGAAGAUGGUUUAGUAUUACAGUAUGAUAUGAGAGAGCCCCAUGACUGCAGAGAAGAGGCGAAAGUUUUUGUAGAUUUGAGCUAUGCAACAGAAGUAAAAUGUAUACAAGUGAAUCCAACAAAUCCUAAUCAUGUAGCUGUAGGGGUUAAUGAUUGUUUUGUCCGCUUAUAUGAUAGACGAAAAGUUGUAGUUUCAAAUGUGAAACUGAAGAAGAGUUGCUCAAUUGACUCCCUCAAAAGAUCACCAGUUGUACUGACAGACACAAAUUGUGUGCAAUAUUAUUCUCCUGGGCAUUUAGCGAAAGAGAACUUCAGUUUGAUGAAUUUUAAGUUAGCAGCUACCUACAUUGCCUUCAAUUCUGCAGGUACAGAGAUGUUGGUUAAUAUGGGUGGAGAACAAAUCUACCUCUUCGAUGUAAACAGCACAGAACACAUCAAUGAAAUUUUGAUUCCAACAGAUGUCACAUCAAAAAAGUUGAACCUUUAUCGGCCUUGCUGUGAAACUAUGGAUAGUUCUGUAAAGAGUGAUAUUACAGAUAUGAGUACACCAACUUGCCUUUGUGAAUAUAUAAAUAGAGCUGAAAAACUUUUUCAGAGGAAUUGGAUGGGAGAUACUUAUGCCGCACUAAGAGAUUACCUCCUUUUACUGCAACAUUGUCCCAAUGUGGUGAAAGUACAUUUAGGCCUUAUUAAAUGUCUAGUGACCUUAAAAUGGUCGAAAGAAGCUAAUGAGUGGGCAAAAUUUGCUAUCAUGAAAUUCCCUGAGCUGAAAGAUUCAAAGGACUAUUCAGAUUUAUGUGGUACGAUAAAAUUUUUAUCAGCUGAUAAAAAUGGAGAUGGUCAAAAUAAGAUUGAUCCUCAAGAGAAGGUCCUACGACAGGCUUCAAUUGAUUAUCGGAGCAGAUAUGUGGGACACUGUAACACUACAACUGACAUAAAAGAAGUUAAUUUCUUAGGUGAACAAGGAAAUUAUCUAUGUGCUGGUUCAGAUGAAGGUGUUAUAUUUAUUUGGGAUAAAUACACAGGAGAUAUAGUGAAUGCUCUCUGGGGUGAUGUAUCCAUUGUUAAUUGCAUACAGCCUCAUCCUACUGCUUGUUUUAUAGCAUCUAGUGGAAUUGAUCCUGUUGUUAAACUAUGGUCUCCUGAGAAAGAGAAUGGUGAGGUCAAUACAAGACUUGUGAAGAAUCUCCCUACAGUCGUUGAAGACAACCAACAAAGGAUGUCAGUAGAUCCUUUUGAAACUAUGCUUGCAAGUAUGGGUUAUAGAUUAUCUAAUCAAUUUUACCAAGGGCAGAUAGGAAUGAGUGAAGUACCAACCUGCCGUACAAGUUAAUUUAUAUCCAACAUUUUUUGAAGCGACUUAAAUCUUCUAGAAUGAUUUUUCAUUGUAAUUGUUCUGAAAUUCUAGUUAAUAUAUCUUUUGUUGAAA